UCCGCUGGCUAUCAUACAACGAACAUAGACGUAUUAUCAAACGGCAAUACCCAAAUGACACUAUGCAGCAGAAUAUAAUUCUGGUAAUAGUUUUAGCAUGGUUUUCUACACAAGUAACAUCAAAGUCUGUUACAGACCACGCCGACAAUGAUAAUUUAGCGAAACUGGAAAUGAAAACAUUUGAACUGGAGUCAAAAAUUGCCGGAGUGAAAACGGAGGUUUGUGCAUUGGAGGCGAAAAUGAAAGAAAAGAAGGAAACAGUUCAAAAUCAGCUUGAAAUAGUGAAAGCUGAUGUGACCAACAUCAUGACACUUGUUGAAGGCCACAACGGUGUCCAGGCCGCUCUGCGAGAGGACAUUGAUAACCUGGUUCAGCGUCUAGACAACCAGCUAUCAACUCCUGGGAGUACAGUGCCUACUGAUCACGACGUGUGUCCGGACGGCUGGGUAAAGUACGAUCGAUACUGCCUUUACUUCGCCCUUGACCCUGUAACCUGGAAUGUAGCUAAGAGUCGAUGUCAGAGUGAUGAUGCCCAUCUACUUGAGGUUGACACAGAGGAAAUGAACACAUUCUUGAAGAUCCGACUACGGCGUUCUGCAGGAUUUGGCCAUUUUGUGGGAGGACUAAUCUUUGGCCGACAAUCCUGGAUAUGGGACUACACGAAUACCGAAUUUGUUUAUACCGACUGGGGGCCGAACCAGCCAAGUAGAGGGAGAGACUCGCACUGCCUGGUAAUCUGCUCUGGGGCUAGUUGUCAGUGGGAUGACCUCAGCUGUGACUAUGAUAGGUUUUAUAUUUGUCAG